CAUCACUAUAUAAAACACAUUUCAAGAGUAAUUUAAGAGAAUGAAAGGUUUUGGAAUUGUGUUUAUUGGUGUUGUUUUGCAAUCUUUUCUUGCCUCUUCGUUUGACCCAAGUCCUUUGCAAGAUUUUUGUGUGGCAAUUAAUGAUGCUAGAUCUCCGGGUAUACUGUUUCUUAAUGGCAAGUUCUGCAAAGACCCCAAAUAUGCAGUUGUCAAUGAUUUUUUAUUCCAAGGACUCAACAUUCCUGGAAAUACCGAGAAUCCCAAUGGUUCAAAUGUGACAUUGGUUAACGUAGACAAACUACCUGGACUUAACACUCUAGGUAUCUCCUUGGCUCGCAUUGAUUAUGCUCCUUAUGGCCUUAACCCACCUCACACCCACCCACGAGCUACUGAAAUUCUUGUGGUCAUGGAAGGAAGUCUCCUCGUUGGCUUUGUAACCUCUAAUCCUGACAACAAACUUUUCUCUAAAGUUUUGUAUAAAGGAGAUGUGUUUGUGUUUCCUGUUGGCCUAAUUCACUUUCAGUUCAACGUUGGUCGUACACCAGCACUUGCUUUUGCUGGACUCGGUAGCCAAAACCCAGGUGUGAUAACAAUUGCUAAUGCUGUGUUUGGAUCCAAACCCCUUAUCCCUGUUGAUGUUCUCGAGAAAGCUUUCCAGUUGGACGCCAAUAUUGUUGCUUAUCUUCAACGACGAUUUGGUGAACCAUCUAAUUAUUAGAGGUCGACAUAAAACUUAAAACGUUUGAAAAGACUUUUUAAAGUUUUAAAAGAUGUUUUUAAACAUUUAAAAAGAGUUCGAAACACCCCUUACGUGGGUUGUAUGAAAGCCAGAAAAUGGAAAAUAGACUAAUAUCUUCUAUGUAUUGGCUUAAGCUUGCCCCUUCUAUUAAUACUUCCAAGUUAAAAAUAAAAGAACUUAUGGUGUUAUUUCUAAUUUAA